AUGGCCCAGACCCCCGACGGCAUAUCCUGUGAGCUGCGAGGCGAGAUCACCAGGUUCCUGUGGCCCAAGGAGGCGGAGCUGCUGCUGAAAACCUGGCUACCCCAGGAGGGUGCUGAGCGAAGUCAUAUCCUGGCGCUGCUACGAUGGAGAGCCUACCUGCUCCACACCUGCCUGCCCCUGAGGGUGGACUGCACGUUCAGCUACCUGGAAGUCCAGGCCAUGGCACUGCAGGAAACACCCCCUCAGGUCACCUUUGAGCUGGAGUCCCUGCCCAAACUGGUCCUGGAGUUUCCUGGUGUGGCUGCCUUGGAGCAGCUGGCCCAGCAUGUGGCUGCAGCCAUAAAGAAGGUCUUCCCUCGCUCGACGCUUGGGAAGCUAUUUCGGAAGCCCACGCCCCCCUCAAUGUUGGCUCGGCUGGAGAGAAGCAGCCCCUCAAAGUCCACUGCAUCCAGCACCCCCUGUGGUGGCUUCUUGGAGACAUACGAGGCUCUGUGUGAUUACAAUGGCUUCCCUUUCCGAGAGGAGAUUCAGUGGGAUGUGGACACCAUCUACCAUCGACAGGGCUGCCGCCAUUUCAGCCUGGGAGACUUCAGCCACCUUGGCAGUCGGGACCUGGCCUUGAGUGUAGCUGCUCUGUCCUACAACCUGUGGUUCCGGUGCCUCUCCUGUGUGGACAUGAAGCUGAGCCUUGAGGUCUCAGAACAGAUUCUGCACAUGAUGAGCCAGUCGUCCUACCUGGAGGAGCUGGUGCUGGAGACCUGUGGCCUCAGGGGAGACUUUGUCCGGCGACUGGCCCAGGCACUAGCAGGACACUCGAGCUCCGGGCUGCGGGAGCUCAGCCUGGCAGGGAACCUGCUGGAUGACAGAGGUGUGGCUGCGCUCAGCAGACACCUAGAGCAUCGUCCAGGAGCCCUGAGGAGACUCAGCCUAGCGCAGACAGGGUUGACUCCGCGAGGAAUGAGGGCUCUGGGCCGGGCACUAGCCACCAAUGCUGCUUUCAAUUCUGCCCUGACCCACCUGGACCUUUCUGGGAACCCCGGGGCUCUGGGGGCCUCCGAGGACAGUGGGGGCCUCUAUAGUUUCCUGAGCCGGCCUAAUGUUCUGUCCUUCCUGAACCUUGCAGACACUGACACUGCUCUGGACACUCUCUUCGCAGCGCUGUCCAGCGGCUGCUGCGCUAGCCUCGCCCACCUGGACGCCUCAAGGAAUGUCUUCUCCCGCACGAAGUCCCGGGCCACGCCGCCGGCUGCGCUGCAGCUCUUCCUCAGCCGCGCAGGGACGCUGCGGCACCUGGGCCUGGCGGGCUGCAAGCUGCCGCCUGACGCGCUCAGGGCCCUUUUAGAUGGUCUGGCGCUCAACACGCACAUCCACGACCUGCAUCUGGACCUCAGUGCUUGUGAGCUGCGCUCAGCAGGCGCCCAGGUGAUACAAGAUUUAGUGUGCGACGUGGGCGCCCUGAGCUCCCUGGAUCUGGCAGAUAACGGCUUCGGCUCAGACAUGGUGACUCUGGUCCUGGCCAUUGGGAGGAGCCGGUCCCUGAGACAUGUGGCGCUUGGAAGGAACUUCAACGUCCGGUGCAAGGAGACCCUGGACGACGUCCUGCACCGGAUUGUUCAGCUCAUGCAGGACGACGACUGUCCUCUGCAGUCUCUGUCCGUGGCCGAGUCGCGGCUGAAGCUGGGCGCCAGCGUCCUGCUCCGGGCCCUGGGCACCAAUCCUAACCUGACAGCGCUGGAUAUCAGCGGCAACGCCAUGGGGGACGCGGGCGCCAAGAUGCUGGCCAAGGCGCUGCGGGUCAACACGCGGCUCCGGUCUGUGGUCUGGGACCGGAACCACACAUCUGCUCUGGGACUGCUGGACGUGGCGCAGGCUCUGGAGCAGAACCACAGCCUAAAGGCCAUGCCUGUGCCACUGAACGACGUGGCACAGGCGCAGCGGAGCCGCCCGGAAUUGACAGCACGUGCAGUCCAUCAGAUCCAAGCUUGUCUCUUGAGGAACAAUCGCGCGGACCCCGCCUCUUCUGAGCGCGCGUCCCGCCUUCAGCCUCUGGGUCUGGUCUCAGACCCCUCGGAUCAGGAAGUGAAUGAACUGUGUCAGUCAGUGCAGGAGCAUGUGGAGCUGCUGGGCUGUGGGGCUGGGCCCCAGGGUGAAGCUGCUGUGCACCAGGCUGAGGAUGCCAUCCAGAACGCCAACUUCUUUCUCAGCAUUCUCCCCAUUCUAAAUGAGGCUGGGAGUUCCCCGAGCCAUCACUGGCAGCUGCAGCAGAAGCUAGAGGGCCUCCUGGGACAGGUGGGCGAGGUCUGCCGCCAGGACAUCCAGGACUUCACACAGGCCACACUGGACACAACAAGGAGCCUCUGCCCAGGGAUGCUGCAGGGACCUAGCUGGAGGGAGCAGCUAGAAGGGGUCCUGGUGGGCUCAAGGGGCCUCCCAGAGUUGCUCCCAGAACAGUUGCUGCAUGAUGUCUUCACUAGGCUCAGGGAUAUACGGCUAUCAGUCACAGGGACCUUGGCAGAGAGCAUUGUGGCUCAGGCUCUGGCUGGUCUGAGUGCAGCCCAGGAUCGGCUGGUGGAGAGUCUGGCUCAGCAGGCAACAGCGGCAAUGCCCCCUGCCCUACCGGCACUGGAUGGAGGUGAGCCCAGCCCCCUUGAGCCUGGGGAAUUGGAAGGUCUUUUCUGCCCUGAGGAAGAGAAAAAAGAGGAGGAGGAGGAGGAGAAAGAGAAAGAGGAGAAGCGCCAGCACCACCACCGCCCGCCGCCCGGGGGCCCCCAGGUGCCCCCAGCCCUGCCGCAGGAAGGGAAUGGGCUCAGUGCCCGCGUGGAUGAGGGCGUGGAGGAAUUCUUCUCCAAAAGGUUGAUCCAGCAGGAUCGCCUCUGGGCCCCCGAGGAGGACCCGGCCACCGAAGGGGGUGCCACUCCUGUGCCCCGUACAUUGAGAAAGAAGCUGGGUACCCUCUUUGCCUUCAAGAAGCCUCGUUCAACACGGGGUCCACGACCUGAUCUAGAGACCAGCCCUGGGGCAGCUCCCCGCACCCGAAAAACCACACUUGGGGAUCUGCUGCGGCCACCAGCCCGUCCAGGUCGUGGUGAGGAGCCUGGUGGGGCUGAGGGGGGCACCAGCAGCCCUGACCCUGCCCGCAGGAGUCGGCCUCGCUACACACGGGACAGCAAGGCCUACUCCAUGAUACUGCUACCUGCCGAGGAGGAGGAAGAGGCCACACUGGGUGCCAGACCCGAUAAGCGGCGACCCCUGGAGCGGGGAGACACAGAGCUUGCCCCAUCCUUUGAACAGCGGGUACAAGUGAUGUUGCAGAGGAUCGGUGUAAGCCGAGGCAGUGGGGGUGCUGAAGGCAAGAGGAAGCAAAGCAAAGAUGGCGAGAUCAAGAAAGCUGGCUCGGAUGGUGACAUUAUGGACAGUUCCACGGAGACCCCUCCCAUCUCAAUCAAGUCCCGCACCCACUCUGUGUCUGCUGACCCCUCGUGCAGACCUGGCCCAGGGGGCCAUGGGCCUGAGUCCACCACCUGGAAGACACUGGGGCAGCAGCUGAAUGCAGAGCUCAGGGGCCGUGGUUGGGGCCAACAGGAUGGUCCAGGGCCCCCCACCCCUUGUCCCAGCCCAAGAGCCAGCCCCUCCCCAGACAGCCUGGGCCUCCCUGAGGACCCUUGCUUGGGCCCUAGGAAUGAAGAUGGCCAGCUGAGGCCGCGGCCUCUAUCGGCAGGGCGACGAGCAGUGUCUGUGCAUGAGGACCAGCUCCAGACCCCUGCUGAACGGCCCCUGCGGCUGCAGCGCUCUCCUGUCCUCAAGCGUAGGCCGAAGCUUGAGGCACCCCUGUCUCCAAGCCUAGGAUCUGGCCUUGGGACCGAGCCUCUGCCCCCACAGCCCACAGAUCCCUCCAGCCCUGAGCAGAGCCCACCCUCCCCAGCCACAGACCAAAGAGGCGGCGGCCCCAACCCCUGAUCCUCUCCUCUCCUGCUGCAUGAGAUUAUUUUAUUAAAAAACUCAAAGAAA